GCCCACAAAAUACGUUUAGUGCGCUCACUAGAUCAUAGUAUAUACUGAGACAUAACUGAAACUGACAGAGCACGAGAAAGACAUAGACGCACUUUGCUUUUCUGUCUGACAGCUGGACGGACAGAAGCAAAUUUUACUUAAAUUAUUUUACAUAGUUCCUAAGCAAAAUCACAAUGGUAAACGGUGGAUAUCUAAAAGACAUUCAGAGUCAAGACAGAAGGCGUGGACGUGGCAUGGACAGAGCAAUAUGUGGCUUAGUUCGUGAAGAAAACUGUGGAUUAUAUCGCAAAUUGAAACACUUACAGUGAAGAAAAGCUGACUGAAGGUCAUGAGGAUGGCCUCUUGGGAAGAGAAUUUGGGUCAGCCCAAUCGCUCUGUGCUGGAGAUGGAGGGGCCACCAGACCUGUCCAGCUCCCUCUUCAAUCUCAGCAGCAGUUAUGGGGCCACAGGGUCUUUCCUCUGGCUGUUUCCAUCAGAGAACGUCACAUGGACCACCAUGAGGCCCACAAUGCAGCCAGUUGCCCCUCCACGGGUACGGGACCAAGCCUUGGCCCAGGCGGAGAUUGGGGUGCUGGGGCUGGUGCUUGCUCUCACUGCUCUGGGUAACGGAUUUGUGCUGUGGGUGCUGCUGCGUAGGAAGAAACAUGCUCCCAUGCAUCUCUUCAUGGUCAAUCUGUGCGUGGCUGACCUGGUAGUGGCCUUCUUUCAGGUGCUGCCACAGUUGGUGUGGGACAUCACUGAGCACUUCCAUGGCCCUGACGCUCUGUGCCGCUCCGUCAAAUAUUUGCAGAUUGUCGGGAUGUUCGCAUCAUCCUAUAUGAUCGUGGCCAUGACUGUGGAUCGGCACUAUGCCAUCUGCUGCCCCAUGCAGGCGUAUCGCGGGGGCGCGCCCUCUCGCUGGAACACCCCUAUCAUGGUUGCAUGGGGCCUGGCCCUUUUGCUCAGUUUACCACAGGUGUUUAUCUUCUCACGGUCAGAGGUGUCCCCUGGGGUGUUUGAAUGCUGGGGCCACUUUGCUGAGCCAUGGGGUCUUAAAGCAUACGUCACCUGGAUGACUGUGGCUGUGUUCAUAUUGCCAGCCUUAAUCAUCACUGUCUGUCAGGUUCGCAUCUUCAGAGAAAUCCAUGACAAUAUUUACCUGAAGUCAGAGCGGGUGGUGACGGCGGAAUUCAAGAGGAACUCUGUCUUCUUCCACUUUGCUCAGCGGGAGGGGGGCAGGGGAAGGAGCAGAGAGAGAAACAGACAGAGCAGACACACUCACCAUGCUGACAGCAGUUUCAGUCAAGCUCACUGCAGCUCCUCACAUCGUGCCAGAGAGGAAGAGUCCCACUCAAGCCUAUAUGAUGACUACUCUCAGACUUUACCCUGCAGGAGCUCUAUCUGUGAGCCCUGCUUUGGGCCCCGCCCCUCUUCAGACAGCUCCUCCCCUUCCAUCACAACUCACCAGCAAAACACCCCCAACCAUCUCUCAGACCCCUCCCAUUCUCAGUCAUUAUCAGCCAAUAGCGUUUCUCCAAACAGCUCUGGAACUUCUGAACUGUGGCCAGAUGUGCUUCCAGAUGCUUUUCCCAUUCCGACAGUGUAUUCGCACCCGCCACCUCUCCCAGGUGUGACCAAGGCCAUGUCUAAGACGGUUAGGAUGACUCUUGUCAUUGUGCUGGUCUACACCAUCUGCUGGUCUCCCUUCUUUAUUGUUCAGUUAUGGGCAGCCUGGGACCCCAACCCACCAAACCAAGGGGCUGCUUUUACUAUCCUGAUGCUGCUAGCCAGUCUAAACUCCUGCACUAACCCGUGGAUCUACACAGCCUUCUCCAGCAGUGUGUCCCGUGAGCUGCUCGCACUGCUGCGCUGCCAAACCGGAUCCCCACGUCGAGGUUCCCUGCCGGACGACUCAACCACAACUCACACGUCAACCAACACCAAGGACUCAUUAUACUGACCUCUGGCCUGACUCUACUACUACACACACACACACACCAGCACAUGGCAAACACUGAUGUGAUGGGCUAGACCCUUUCCCAAAUGCUACUCUUUGCCCACAUUUCGGUGGCAUAAUGGCAGAUACAUUUGUCCUCGUGAACAGCCUUUCACCCUACGAUCUUAUGAACUUCACAGGCACGCGCCACAAGUGUGCAUGAAGUGCGCCAUUUGAUGCAGGACUGGGGUAAUGUCCACACAUGUCCUUUAGAGAUUCAGAAACAUGGUGGUUACACAAUAUGAACAGCAGAUACUGAUCCAUUAAUAACAACUUGCAUCAGUUUGAAAGACAAAACCACAUCGCCAUGCCUAGUGCAUUUCACAGACAGCUGUCCGUUCAGUCACACGAAAGCAGACUGGAGUGAUGAAUCAAGAGGAAGAGGAGGGGGAUGUGCUAGGAAGCGAAGGAUCAGAGGUCCUCCAUUGUUCUCCAUCUUUCUUUCAUGCCUCAACCGAGUGUUUUCAUAGAUUAGCAUCACAGGAUUAUAUCAGAAUUCACCGUACAAAGUAAGUGUGGAGAAUGCAUGUGAACAACACAUACAGAAUGGACAAAACGUUAUCUGGAUAUACUCGAGAUAGCUGCACAAGACCAGCGGCAAGAUGCUGCGAAUUAGAUCGUCAGAAGUUUAGGGGAACAUAUUCACCACCAGCAAGAAUGUUAUGAAAAUAUCAUGACAUGGGAAUCAAACACAGUGGCAGCUUAGUGAUUUUCUGAAUUAUAUGUCAAAUCUAAAGAAAGACACUGUGAAUUGAAUUGGUUAACAGUAUUUGAGUACUAGCUAAAUGAUUAGAAUUGCUGCAGUGGAAGGGAUUACAGCAGGCAGAAAUCUACAUUUGACCACAGCU